AGGGAGAUAGUGAAGACCCUCUCUAUGCUCUAGGACUCCGGAGAGAGGACGGUGGGCGAGACAGGAAUGGAAGCUGAGGGGAUAGUAGAGAGAAACUGAGAAGAAAGUUGUUGGAAGGGUUUGGAUGAGAUGUCAGGAAGCUGGCUUUUCUGCCAAGGGAUCUAGGCUGCUUGGAUUCCCAGGGGUCCUGGGGAGGCAUCCUACCCUACAUGUAGCCAGAUUCUUCUGGGGCCAGGCCUGGGGCCACCACUUGAAUAGGGAAGGACCCAGGAGGCAUGGCUUGGUGGGGUCUGGAUGGGCUUCCCCAAGGCCUUGCUGAGCCAUGGAGAGAACUGUGGAGAUUGGGCUCACAACCCCUGCACAGCAUACCUCCUUUCUCACCUCCGACCAGGAACGGCAGAGACUAUAGAAACUUGAGGAGGGGGAACAUAGAUGGCUGGACACUGAAUCUAGAGACUUCAAAUAAUGUGGAAAUGUUUCGACCUUCAGGUUCCACUGGGCUGAUUCCCCCAUCCCACUUCCAAGCUCGACCCCUUCCAGCUGUGCCAAGAAUGGCUCCCACCUGGAUCUCAGACAUUCCCCUGGUCCAACCCCUGGCCCAUCAAGAUGUCUUAGAGAGGCGGCCAGACAACCAGAGACCUCAAGUGAUCAUGUGGGAACGAGGUGUUUCUGGCAAUGGUCAGGAGCCAAGGCAGAGAGGCAGGUCCCUGGAGGGGUCACAGGCCCUGAGCCAGCAGGCUGAGCUGAUCUCUCGGCAGCUGCAAGAGCUGUGGCGGCUUGAGGAGGAGGUCCGGGCCCUGCGGGAGACCUCACUGCAGCAGAAGAUGAGGCUGGAGGCCCAGGCCAUGGAGCUGGAGGCUGUGGCACGGGCAGAGAAGGCUGGCCGAGCUGAGGCUGAGGGCCUGCGUGCUGCCUUGGCCGGGGCCGAGGUUGUCCGGAAGAACCUGGAAGAGGGGAGGCAGCGGGAGCUGGAGGAGGUUCAGAGGCUGCACCAAGAGCAGCUCUCCUCCUUGACGCAGGCUCACCAGGAGGCUCUUUCCAGUUUGACUCACAAAGCUGAGGGCUUGGAGAAGUCUCUGAAUAGUCUGGAAACCAAGAGGGCCGGGGAAGCCAAGGAGCUGGCUGUGGCCCAGAGGGAGGCCGAGCUGCUGCGGAAGCAGCUGAGCAAGACCCAAGAAGACUUGGAGGCUCAGGUGAACUUGGUUGAGAAUCUAAGGAGAUAUGUUGGGGAACAAGUCGCUCCCGAGGUCCAGAGCCGGACAUGGGAAUCAGAGCGACAGGAGCUUCUAGAAACUGUGCAGCACUUGCAGGAGGACCGAGAUGGCCUGCACACUACAGCAGAGCUGCUGCAGGUGCGUGUGCAGAGCCUCAUGCACAUCCUCUCCAUGCAGGAGGAGGAGCUGGCCAGGAAGGUUCAGCCUUCAGAUUCCCUGGAGCCUGAGUUCACCAGGAAGUGCCAGUCCCUGCUGAAGGGCUGGCGGGAGAAGGUGUUUGCCCUCAUGGUGCAGCUGAAGGCCCAGGAGCUGGAGCACAGAGGAUGCAAGGAGCAUCUGAAGGGACAGGUUGCAGAGCUCCAGGAAAGAGCUGCAGCCCAGAGCCAGGAGCAGGCCAUCCUGCAGCGCUCCCUGCAGGACAAAGCCGCAGAGGUGGAGGUGGAGCGGAUGGGCGCCAAGGCCCUGCAGGUGGAGCUGAGCCGGGUUCAGGAGGCCCAGCGCCGGCGGCAGCAGCAGACGGCCAUGGCCGAGGAGCAGCUGAAGCUUGUAGCCAAUGCUGUCAGCAGCUUUCAGACCUGGCUCCAGUGCACCAUGGCCAAGGUGGAGCAGGCUGCAGCCCGGCUGCCCAGCCUCAGCAACCGAGUCAGCUAUGCCGUCCGCAAGGUCCACACCAUUCAGGGCCUGAUGGCUCGAAAACUGGCCCUUGCUCAGCUGCGCCAGGAGAGCUGCCCUCCACCCCCACCGGCUAUAGAUGUGAGCCUGGAGUUAGAGCAGUUGCGGGAAGAACGGAACCGCCUGGAUGCAGAACUGCAGCUGAGUGCCCACAUCAUCCAGCAGGAGGUGGGCCGGGCCCGGGAGCAAGGGGAGGCAGAGCGGCAGAAGCUGAACGAGGUCGCCCAGCAGCUGGAGCAGGAGCUGCAGCAGACCCAGGAGUCCCUGGCCAGUGUGGGGCUGCAGCUGGAAGCGGCUCGCCAGGGCCAGCAGGAGAGCACAGAGGAGGCCGCCAGUCUCCGGCAGGAGCUGACCCAGCAACAGGAGAUCUAUGGGCAAGCUCUGCAAGAGAAGGUGGCUGAAGUGGAAACUCGCCUGCGGGAACAGCUCUUAGAAACAGAAAGGAGACUGAACGAGGCUCGGCGGGAGCAUGCCAAGGCCGUGGUCUCCCUGCGUCAAAUCCAGCGCAAAGCCGUCAGGGAAAAGGAGCGGAACCAGGAGCUCAGGCGCCUGCAGGAUGAGGCCAGGAAGGAGGAGGGGCUGCGGCUGACACAGCGCCUGCAGGAGCUGGAGAGGGACAAGAACCUCAUGCUGGCCACCUUGCAGCAGGAGGGUCUCCUCUCCCGUUACAAGCAGCAGCGACUCUUGGCAGUUCUUCCUUCCCUAAUGGAGAAGGGGAAGUCUGUGGAGUCCAGCCCCAGGCCCCCAGAGUCUUCAGCACCUGCCCCUCCAGCAGCGGCAUUCUCCACCAGGCAGGCCACGAAAGGUAAUGGUCUAGGUAGGAGGAGACAAGUGGGGGGACUUCAGGAACCUCUCCUCCAGACACUUGAGGACAUGAGCCUUGUUCUCUGUGACCCUUGGAGACCCCCAGCCUCUUGUAUCCACGCCCACGUUGGACCAGAGAACCCUCUGCCUCAGAGAAGGUUCCUCUGCACGGUAACCAAGACAGCCUUCUCUUGUCCGGCUCUUAUCCGUUGGGGUCUUCUUUCCUAGGAUCCCUCUGUGUCCUGCUCGAUGACCUCCAGGGCCUGAGUGAGACCAUUUGCAAAGAGCAAGCCAUUCCUCAAGGAGACAACCAGAACUCUCCU